AUGAAUCAAUCUAAUGUUGGUCUUCUUGAUUUACCUACUGAAAUAUUACUUGUCAUUUUAAAAAAUCUCACCAAUAUUGAUGUUCUAUAUUCAUUGUUGAAUGUUGAUAAUCAACGGCUUGAUAUUAUAGUACAAGGAAAUACAUUCACUAAUACUCUCGAUUUUGUAUUAACAACAUUAACUGAUGAUAUUUUCUUGUUUAAUGAUUCAAUAAUUGAUCGAUUUUGUAAAAAUAUUUUGCCAAGAAUUCAUCAAAAUGUUAAAUAUCUUAUUCUUGAUUCAUUAUCCAUGAAGCGUAUUCUUCUUGCAGCUGAUUAUCCUAAUCUAACUCAACUUAAACUCUUUAACUUUAACGAUAAGAUUCAAUCAGAUUAUUUUACAGUUAAAACACCAUUUCGACAUAUUUUUCAACAACAAAUUACAGAUCUUAUACUUGUAUUCGAAAACAAUUUAAAUGAAAUAUCAAUAAAAAAUUAUACAACAGAUAUGUAUGAAUAUAUUUUGAAAUUCUUCGAAAAUCUAAAACACUUAUCUGUUAUGGGAUCAUUUCCUCGUUUUUUUCCACCUUUGGUACUUAAUAAUUUACCUUCAACUACUUUUUUCUCUUCAAUUCUUAACAAAUUAUCUAUUCAUAUUAUGAAUUUUGAUGAUUGUCUUGCUUUACUUGAUGGUCGUCUCAAACAAUUAACGACUUUAAUUUUGGUUAUUGAUAAUAUGAAAAAUCAUUCAUCGAAUGUUUACCAUAUUGAUAAUCUAUCUAAUUUGAAAUGUUUUUCUUUGACAAUAUAUGAUUGUUUAACUGAUCUAUAUGAUACUGAAAUUCUACCUCUUUUUCGUCGUAUGAUAAACCUUGAAGAAUUAACUUUGUAUAUUACUAUUAGAAAUCGAACUACAUUGAUCGAUGGUAAUCAUAUUUCUAAUGAAAUUCUUAUACAUAUGCCACAACUUCAUACAUUGAAAUUUUGUAUUUCUAUCAAAAUUCAUAGGAAUCAUUUUAUUCAUUAUUUAUCUAAAAAUGAUAUUCAACAAUCUUUUAGUAAUAUAAAAUAUCAACAAAUGGAUUGUAUUGUAAAUUAUACAUAUAAUAUUACCACAUAUCAGAUCUUUUCAUUACCAUUCAUGUUUGAUUGUCUUAAAUCUAUUGGUAAUAUAUUUCCAAGUAUUAUUUUCAAUCAUGUUAGAAGAUUGACUGUAUACGAUGAUGUUCCAUUUAGACAUGAAUUUUUUUAUCGAAUUGCUUGGUCUUUUCCUUUACUUAAACAUUUAUGUGUUAUUAAUUUUAAACCACAAUCAUCAAAAUUAGACAAAUUGAACUUGAAUUAUAAUCAAUUAUUUUCAGUUAUUAAAUAUCCUUAUCUUAUUUCACUUCGGCUUGAUAUGGCUUAUAUUCAUUAUACCGAUCAAUUUCUCAAUCAGACAAAAACACAUUUACCUUCUCUAACCAAAUUAACUGUCGAUUAUGAACGUUUAAAUAUCGUGACAAGAAACUUCAGAAAAACUACAACACGACUGAAUUGUAGUAAAAUAAAACAAUUAAUUAUCAGUCCACCAAUAAUGAAUUCAAUAGUAACAAAUAUGAGACGUUCAAAACAUUUCAAUCUUUAUUUUCCUUUGUUGGAAUCCUGUGUUUGUUCUUUAGAAGAUGAAUAA